UUGAUAGCUCAUUUCUUCUUAGUGCUGAAUAAUAUUCCAUUGUCUGGAUGUAACACAAUUUAUAUUCUCAGAAUAUAUGAAGAACUCUUAAACUCAAUAAAAAGAGAAGGCUGGGGCCAGGCGCGGUGGCUGACGUCUGUAAUCCCAGUACUUUGGGAGGCCAAGGGGGGCGGAUCACGAGGUCAGGAGAUGGAGACCAUUCUGGCUAACACGGUGAAACCCCAUCUCUACUAAAAUACAAAAAAAUUAGCCGGGCGUGGUGGUGGGCGCCUGUAGUCCCAGCUACUUGGGAGGUUGAGGCGGGAGAAUGGCAUGAACCCAGGAGGCGGAACUUGCAGUGAGCCAAGAUCGCACCACUGCACUCCAGCCUGGGCGACACAGUGAGACUCCAUCUCAAAAAAAAAAAAGAGAGAAGGCCAGGUGCGGUGGCUCACGCCCGUAAUCCCAGCAUUUUGGGAGGCUGAGGCGGGUGGAUCACGAGGUUGAGAGUUCAAGACCAGCCUGGCCAACAUGGUGAAACCCCGUCUCUACUAACAAUACAAAAAAAUUAGCCAGGCAUGGUGGCGGGCGCCUGUAAUUCCAGCUACUCGGGAGGCUGAGGUGGAGAAUUACUUGAACUUGGGAAGCAGAGGUUGCCCUGAGCCGAGAUCACACCACUGCACUCCAGCCUGGAUGACAGAGCACGACUCAGUCUCGGGGAAAAAAAAAAAAAAGUGAGAUAUCACUUUAUACCCACAAGGUGGCCUUCAUUUAAAACAAACAAACAAACAGAUAAGACCAGGCACAGUGGCUCACACCUGUAAUCCCAGCACUUUGGGAGGCAGAGGCGGACAGAUUACUUGAGGUCAGGAGUUCAAGACCAGCAUGACCACGGAGAAACCCCAUCUCUACUAAAAAUACAAAAUUAGCCAGGCGUGGUGGCACAUGCCUGUAAUCCCAAGGUACUCUGGAGGCUGAGGCAGGAGAAUCGCUUGAACCCAGAAGGCAGAGGUUGCGGUGAGCUGAGAUCGUGCCAUUGCACUCCAGCCUGGGCAACAACAGCGAAACUCCAUCUCCAAAAACAAAACAAAAAAACCCCAAAAAAACAGUUAAUAAGUGUUGGCAAGGAUGUGAGUGAUGAAAUUUGAACUCUCAUAUGGUGUUGGUAGGAAUGUAAAAUGUUCAGCCACUAUGGAAAACCAUAUGGCAGUUUCUCAAAGGUUUGAUGUAGAGUUACCAUAUGACUCAGCAAUUUCAUUCCUUAAUAGUGAGAAAUGAAACCAUGUCCACAUAAACACUUGUAUGCAAAUGUUCACAGCAGCAUUAUUAAUUAUAUCCAAAAAGUGGUAAUAAACCAAAUGCCUAUCAACUGGUGAAUUAACGUGAUAUAGCCAUACAGUGAAAUACUAUUCAGCAGUAGAAAGGAGUGAAAUAUUGAUUUGUGCUACAACAUAGAUGAACUUGAAACAUGCUAAGUGGCAGAAGCCAGGCACAAAAAUCACACGAUUCCGUUUUUAUGAAAUGUCCAGAAUAGGUGAAUGCCCAUCUCUACUAAAAAUACAAAAAUUAGCCAGGCUUCGUGGCACACGCCUGUAGUCCCAGCUACUCAGGAGGCUGAGGCAGGAGAAUCACUUGAACGCGGGAGGUGGAGGUUGUAGUGAGCCGAGUUCACACCACCGCACUCCAGCCUAAGCAACAGAGUGAGACUCCAUCUCAAAAAAAAAAAAAAAAAACAUGUCCAGAAUAGGCAAAUCUGUAAUAGGCAGCAAAUUAGCAGUCGUCUAGGGAUAUGGGCACACAUGGGGAAAUGGCAAGUGGCUGUUAAUGGGCAUGGGGUUUCUUUUUGGGUGAUGAAAGUGUUCUAAAAUCGAUUAUGGUGAUCCUCAGUUCUGUGAGCUUGCUAAAAACCAUUGAAUUACAUAUUUUAAAUUGUGAGUUAUGUGGUACAUGGACUAUCUCAUUAAAGCUGUUACUUAAAAAAUGGACUGAGCCCUCUCCCCUGGCUGGCAGCGUGCAGGCUGGGCUGCAUGAUGCUGGAGUUACUGUAAAAGACGUGAACCAGCAGGAGUUCGUCAGAGCUCUGGCAGCCUUCCUCAAAAAGUCUGGGAAGCUGAAAGUGCCCGAAUGGGUGGACACCGUCAAGCUGGCCAAGCACAAAGAGCUUGCUCCCUACGAUGAGAACUGGUUCUACACACGAGCUGCUUCCACAGCGUGGCAACUGUACCUCUGGGGUGGCGCUGGGGUUGGCUCCAUGACCAAGAUCUAUGGGGGAUGUCAGAGAAAAGGCGUUAUGCCUGGCCACUUUAGCCGAGGCUCCAAGAGUGUGGCCCACGGGGUCCUCCAAGCCUUGGAGGGGCUAAAAAUGGUGAAAAAGGACCAAGAUGGGGGCCGCAAACUGACACCUCAGGGACAGAGAGAUCUGGACAGAAUCGCCGGACAGGUGGCAGUUGCCAACAAGAAGCAUCAGAACAAACCAUGCUGGGUUAAUAAAUUGCCUCAUUCAUUAAAAAAAAAAAAAAAAAAAUGCUGAGUGCAGUGGCUCACACCUGUAAUCCACUUUAGCAGGCCAAAAUAGGGGGAUCACUUUGAGGCCACGAGUUUGAGACCUGCCUGGGCAACAUAGUGAGGCCCCGUCUCUACAAAAAUCUUUAAAUAUUAGAAUAACUUUGGGAGGCCGAGGCGAGUGGAUCACGAGGUCAAGAGAUUGAGACCAUCCUGGCCAACAUGGUGAAAUCCCAUCCCUACUAAAGCUACAAAAAUUAGCCAGGCGUGGUGGCGUGCGCCUGUAGUCCCAGCUACUCAGGAGACUGAGGCAGGAGAAUUGCUUGAAUCCGCGUGGCGGAGGUUGCAGUGAGCUGAGAUCGCGCCACUGCACUCCAGCCUGGUGACAGAGCGAGACUCCGUCUUAAAAAAAAAAAAAAAAAAAAAAAAAAACUUCGGAGGUUGCGGUGAGCCAAGAUCACGCCAUUGUACUCCAGCCUGGGCCACAAGAGCAAAACUCCGCUUCAAAAAAAAAAAAAAAAAAAUUGGAGUAACUGGCAUGUAGUAUUCACUGUGUGUUAGCUCUGAUGGUUGUGGUGGUGACAGUGGUAGCUGGGUGUGACUACUGGAAACAUGCAGUAUAUAUACUAUUGU